GCGCGGCCGUCUGGGGAGCCCCCGCCCGGUGACCCCGCCAGAAAGAUGCCGCGGGGGUUCCUGGUGAAGCGGAGCAGGAGGCCGGGCGGCUCCUACCGGCUCCGUCCCCCGGCUGCCCUCCCCGACGAAGCGCCCGACGCCCGCGCGCCUUUCCUGGAGCUGCUGCCGCCGCCGCCGCCACCCGACGCCCCGCUGACGGCCGCCCGCGAAGCCCGAGGCUCGGACUGCGCUGCUGUCCGGGACGCGGAGGAGCCGCAGGCCGGUGCCCGCUCUCCAGCCUCGGCGGAGCCCUUCCCGCCCAGCCCUGCCCCACACGCCGAGGAGGAGCGGCUGCCCCGCACGCCCCUGCCCCUGCUGCUGCUCCCGGCGCCGGCCUCGCCCCCCGCCGCCGCCCCCCUCGGCCCGCCCAAGCGGCCGCCCCCCCGCGCCAAGGCGCCCCCGGCCAAGAAGCCCAAGGCGGCGCGGCGGCUGAGCUUCGCGGACGAGGUGACCACGUCGCCGGUGCUGGGGCUGCGCAUCAAGGCGGCGCCCGAGGAGGCCGUCGGGCAGGGGCCCCCGUCCGGCCGGGCCGCGCCGCUGCUGGGCGAGUUCGUGUGCCAGCUGUGCAAGGAGCCCUACGCCGACCCGCUGGCCCUGGCCCAGCACCGCUGCUCGCGCAUCGUGCGCGUCGAGUACCGCUGCCCCGAGUGCCACAAGAUCUUCAGCUGCCCCGCCAACCUGGCCUCGCACCGCCGCUGGCACAAGCCGCGCCCGCCCGCCGCCGCCGGCCCCGCCGCCCGCGACAAGGAGAACAGCCGCGCCUCCGCCCAGCAGCACCCCGCCGCCCCGGACAGCGCCUGCUGCCGCCACCCCGCCGCCACCGCCGCCGCCACCGACGGCCCGGGCCUGCCCCCCGGCGGCGGGGGCGGCGAGCUCUUCCUCUGCCCCUACUGCCGCAAGACCUUCCGCCGCCAGGCCUACCUGCGCAAGCACCUGGGCACCCACCAGGGCCCCCCCGGCCUGGCCGCCUACCGAACCGGCCCGCCGCCGCCCCCCCGCGCCUCGCCGCCGCCAACCCUGGCCUUCCCGUGCCCCCUGUGCGGCGCGCCCUUCCCCUCGGCCGACCUCCGGGACAAGCACCGCCUGUGGCACGCCGUGCGGGAGGAGCUGCUCCUGCCCCUGGGGCCCCCCGAGGGCACCGCCGCCCCGGCCGAGCCCCCGCCGCAGCAGCCCCCGCCGCCGCAGCAGAUCUUCUCGUGCAAGCACUGCCCCGCCGCCUUCUUCAGCUCGCCCGGCCUCACCCGCCACAUCAACAAGUGCCACCCGUCCGAGAACAGGCAGGUCCUCCUCCUGCAGAUGCCCCUCCGGCCGGGCUGCUAGGCGCCACCUGCGCCCCCGCCUCCCGGGACCGGCUCCUGACUGUCAGUGGCGGCGCCAGGCCCAAGAAACCCGCAGCUCGACGGGCCCAAAGCCUUCAGGUUGGUGCGCGGCUCCUCCUUGCAGCCUUAUCAUGGGGGGUCGAGCGCACGACCUGUCCUGUGGAUCAGAUCGCUCCCUCCCCAGGACGGAAACCCUACAGUGUGCAGCGAAGUCACGGGAAAGCCACUUCGGAAAGAAAGCGCCCGCCCCGUCUUACCACUGAACGUCCCAAAGUUGCGUUUGGCGAAAACCCGCUCGAGCCCCUCCUGGGGGUGAGCUUUCCGGGGAGAGUCCGAUGGGUGAGCGACUUUGAACCCCCAAAGAUCAAAGAGAUUUCCGACACUGUAUUUAACGAAGGUGUGUUCGUUUGCGUUGGCUGGAUCUGCUGUGGCAGCCCCGGAGGUUCAUAAACUUUUGAUUUGUUGUGAAGUGCUCUAUUCGUGGUCUCCUGUAUUAAAAUAUCGCCGGGUACUCGUAGCAAAAGUCCGAUUCCCGUCCUACGUACUGACAUGUUCAAUGCGUGCGAGGGGCCCCUUCUGCCUCCUCUUGCUCAUUACUGGCUAUUAAAAAUCUGGAUUGGUGAUCUUUUGUAGUCAUGCGGCUCUUUUCUGAGUGCCUGGUGUAGUACUCUAAGUUUAUGGAAACGUAAAGUGGGGAUGGAAGGGGGAUUUCACCCCCCCUACUUUUAGAUCCAGCAGGGAUCCGUACAAUCAUCAGACAAGUUCAGUGAGCUCCCGGGGUUUACACUAGAAUAGCCC